UGACUUUAAAUGUCGGUCCUCCCUUACCGUGAGUCUGAAAAUGGCCGCCACCAGGUACCGUCGCUUUCUCAAGUUGUGUGAGGAAUGGCCGAGAGACGAAUCGAAAAAAGGGCGAGAUUUGGGGACGUUUUUGCGGCAAAAGGUGGCCAGUGCGUUCAGAGAAGGCGAGAACACUCAGAUCUCCGACCCUGAAAAAUGUGAUCAAAUGUAUGAAAGUCUGGUGCGCAUCAACAGCAAUGUUUACAAAGAAAAGUUUCCCAGAGCAAAAGAUACAAGUUUUACUGGCGUGACUGUGGAAGAGUGUCGGAUGUUAUUAGCAACAGGAAAUUUGCAACAGAUGGAUGAGGAAAAGAAAGGGUUGUGGAAAACUCUCAUGCAAAGAUUCUCCUCUAAGCCAGAAGAUACAUCUGUGGAAAAGCCAGAAAAGUAGAUGUUUUGCACUAUAAGCACCAUCGCAGCACAUUUUCAGUGACAGUGUUUUUUUUUUUUUUUUUUUUUUUCCUUCACAUUUUAUUAAUAUAUGUACUUUAGAUUUUCAUUUUCUAUUUGCAGUAUGUGCAUAUGAAUGCUAAUUCAUUCAUAUUUGAUAUAAUUUUUGUCUGAAACUUAAACAAUUAAAGACUCAUUAAAUAUUUUGUGCCAGAAUAAAUUCCUGUAGCUACACCAAA